CUCCACAUAUGAAGAAAGCACCACAGUGACGUGCCCAUGGUGUUGACCUAGGGUCAUAUGUGGAGAACACCUGCUAUGGCGAGGCGCUAUGACACAUCAGUAGGCCUACAAGUAGGCCUCAACAACUGGAUUAAGAGGAAGGUCCAGAAGGGAAGGAUUUUUUGCGGUCGGCGGCAGCCUCUUGGUGAGUUUCCAGCUUUUCGACUGGUAUGACCCUCUUCAGGAGCGAGCAUUACAGUGUGAAACACAUAAGCAUGACAGGUGAGAGCAGGUCCAGUCGACCCCGGGCAGGAAGCAAGCGGUCCAGCAGCGAAUUGUACAGAUCUGACCACGACCUGGACUAUGACUGCUACUCUGAGCAGCUCUACGACAGAGUCUUUGAUUACCAGCGUGUUCCUGUCUCCAUGGCAACCAUUUCACGAGACGUCACCCCUCCCAAACGCCCCCGCUGCUCUUCCUCUUCCUCCUCGGCGGUCCACCGCAGCAGCAGAGAGCGCUUCCAGCUCAGGCACAGGUCCAGGAUCAGUGGGAGCAGCUCCAGCACCGCCAAGUUGAAAAUGGAGGAGCUGCAGAGUAUCAAGAAGGAGCUGACCGUGAUUAAGGUCCAGAUUGACGAACUGCUGGACAGUCUGGACGAGAUGGACAGACAGAGGAGAGAUCACUCAGAGGGCAGUGUGACGUGCUCCCCAUACCCUGCCUCAGGGGGCAGCACCGCUGGCUCCCCCCGGGUCCCGUCCCCCUUUGGCCGGCCACGCCGAGACCGAGAGAGCCCUGAGCCCGGAGAGGCCAGCGAUGACAACAGCUCCCAGAUGACCUAUCACAGCUCUGACUUCGAGUACAUGUGAAGGGUGAUGGAGAGAUGGAGGCGGGAGGAGUCCACAGGAGGAGCCGGAGGAGGGGAGAAGGGGGUCUGAGGGAAGACGCGCCCAGGGGCCGGUGAUGGUUGUGUCCAACUUAGCGGUUACUAUUUGAAGCCCUGCACUGAUGUCUGCCCAUCUCUCUGGAGUCUUUAGGAGGAGACGUCUCUGCAUAGCCUGGUCACCAGCACUAUCUGAUCUCCUGAUGCGCUGCUGCAUCACAUUUUGGGGAAAUGUACCUGAUUUCAAAAUUUAAAAAAUAACAAACGGAAAUGUUACACAGUAUGAGAUAAACUCUUGGUAUUACUCCAGAGAGAAGAAUGUUAUUAUGCACCUUCAUUUAAAAUAGUUAUUCAAUAGACUGUGUCUAAAACAGUUGAGAUAUGAUUUGAUAUCUCAGAUCUUAGCAGUAGACAGAGAGAGAUCAAGGUGGAGAGAAACUUGUUUAUAUACAGUAUAUUCAGAUCUCUUCUGAAUGCCCACUAGAUGUUAAUGACGAUGAUGUAAAACUUAAGACUAUCUUCUAUAUUUCUAAGUGAUAAAUAGAUCAAAACGAGAAAACGCAUUUGUUUUGCAAAUGGUGACAACUUUGUUACUAGACUUAAAAGUAAAUGAAUAACUGUCGAUUUUCCUCUGAGAGAAGUCUAACUCACUUAACUAUCUGUACAACUUCUUAAUCACACACACACAAACACACACACACACACUCUCUCUCUCUCUCUCUCUCUCUCUCUCUCUCUCACACACACACACACACACACACACACACACACUACCACCACCACCAUCAACAACAACAACAACAACAACAACAACAACAACAACACAAAUGGUUUAUAAUCUUACUCUCCGCACAGGCAGAAGACAAAAUGGGCAAAGUUGAAGUGUACCUUUGUGUAAAGUUGUAAAACUAUUGUAAAAUGCUUGUCCUUGAUCAGCUUAGCUUUAGAAUGCAAUUAUUUAAUCCGUUUUGUUUCAUAGCACUUGAUAUCAUUUCUAUACUGUUUGGUGACAGUGAUAAGUUAGAAUAUAUUUAUUUAGUUUAUAAUCAUAUGAGAUUGAAUGUAUAUGACUGUAAAAGACUAAUAAAGGUGCUUUCAU